UCUGAGCGGCGCUGUUGAGCGGUGAUGAAUAAUGCUAAUUGUUUCGCCGGCCUACAUUAUUGUAUGAGUGAGUCAUUGUACCAUAUUUACUGAGCAUUCUUGUCCUGUCCUUCUCUAUUGUUGCCGUCUCCGGUUCUGUACUCUGCAGUGUCUUCAGUGAUUCAAAUCAAAGCAUUGGAGCACGUAUGUUAUUUUUCCAGUAGUGUUUCGGUAACGGGACGGAGUGACGUUGAAAUACGCUAUGUCUGGAACUCCGACUAAAUCUGGGAAUCCACUGAUGGCCAAGAUGAAAAAGGACGAAUCUUUUCUGGGUAAAUUAGGAGGGACGCUGGGACGAAAGAAGAAAGCUAAAGAAGUGAGUGAUCUCCAUGAGGAGGGGAAGAAUGCCAUCAACGCUCCCCUGCUGCCGUCCAGCAUCGAGAUCCACCCUGAAGACACGCUGAUGGAGGAGAACGCUGAGAGAGUUAUGCUCGACCCAACGUCGAGGGAAACCCACAAGUUCAAAGAUCUUCUCAAGGUCCUGAUAGACUGGAUCAACAGUGAGCUGGAGGAGGACAGGAUCAUAGUGAAGGAUCUGGAGGAAGACUGCUAUGACGGACAGGUGCUCCAGAAGCUGUUUGAGAAGCUGUCGGGCAGGAAGCUGAACGUGGCGGAGGUGACCCAGUCGGAGAUCGUCCAGAAGCAGAAGCUGCAGACGGUGCUGGAGGCGGUCAACCUGCUGCUGAGGCCCCACGGAUGGCCCAUCGAGUGGAGCGUUGACUCCAUCCAUUCCAAGAACCUGGUGGCCAUCGUGUUCCUGCUGGUCUCCCUGGCCAUGCACUUCCAGGCCCCCAUCCGACUCCCAGAACACGUGUCCGUACAGGUGGUGGUGGUCAAGAAAAAGGACGGACUCUUGCAGACAGGUCAUAUCACAAAGGAGCUGACCACCACCACAGAAAUGAUGAUGGGUAGAUUUGAGAGAGAUGCGUUCGACACUUUGCUGGAUCACGCACCUGACAAGCUCAACGUUGUGAAAACGUCUCUCAUCACCUUUGUCAACAAACACUUGAACAAGCUGAACCUUGAAGUAACAGAGCUGGAAACGCAGUUUGCAGAUGGUGUUUACUUGGUUCUGCUGAUGGGUCUUCUGGAGGAUUACUUUGUGCCUCUCUACAAUUUCUUCCUCACCCCCGAGAGCUUUGAACAGAAGGUGCACAAUGUGGCGUUUGCCUUCGAACUCAUGCAGGAUGGAGGACUGAAGAAGCCAAAGGCCAGACCAGAAGAUGUGGUGAACCUGAACCUGAAGUCGACGCUCAGAGUCCUGUACAACCUCUUCACCAAUUACAAGAACUCAGACUGACACCAGCUGCCGUAGACCCCAGCCCUAACGAGGAUGACACUGUUCUGUGCCUGUACCAAUUGCAUCACUUCCUGUCGUCCGACGGGCGGCAGGAAGUGAUGUAAUUGGAAAAAAACCCUCGGGAGACCAUGACCUCUAGGAACAUCUCUGGUUUACGUUGAGGCUUUUCCCAAAUGUCACCGUUUAUUUAUUCCUUCCUGGUAGUGAGGAAAUGUCUUCUGUGACAUUCAGCCUUGGUCUAUAAAUAUAUCGCGAUGACAGCAGAAAGUAUGAAGCCUGAAAGUUUUGACUAAAUAACACUGAUUGUACUUUAUUUUUUAAAGAAAUACAACUAUUAACCCACACUGCUGUAUGUCGAGACAGUGUAAAGGGCUGCACACUCGGUCUCACAAAUGUACUUUUAUAUUCUUGUCGCCAAUUGCUACUGCCUUAUUUAUAUACAUAUAUAUAUAUAUAAAAUAUAUAUAAUAUUACUCUGCUUUAAAAAAAAUAGAUCAACAAAGUUGAGACGAUUUCCGAUGCUAUCUAGGCCAUACCGCUGGCUUUAGCUACACGUGCUAUCAGUGUAAUCAUGGAUUUAUAAUGAGAGGAGCUAUACUGUACGUUCUCUCCCUGUACAUGCCGAGACACCGUCAGCGCAUCUCCUCAUUGGUUCUGUUCCUUUCCCUUACAAGUCCCAGCGCAGGGCCCUGGCCUCUUUCUGGUCCUCUGAGGCUCUGCCAAGUCAGGAGAGCCGUGAUAUGACACAGCCUUUGCUUUACAGCCAGCUCUGCUUCCUACUGAGGAUUAAUUAUGGAGAACCAGGAGAGAGACAGAGAAUGAACCAAAUGCCUGUUGGACUUGCUUCAAGUAGCCAGCUCACGCCUGUGCUUAUUUAUCUGUGUAAAAAAGGAAUAAACGUCUGAAUUUUACCAAAGUGUGAAUUGAAUUUCUUAC